AUGGCAGUAUCCGAUGAGAAGACGACGAUGACAACCACUUUGGAAGCAGCGGCAACCUCGCGUGACAUCAAAGGUGGUAGCUUCUCUCCUGCCGCCUCCACCGUCGAACACGCAGAGGGAGGCACAGCCAAAGACACAGCCAAAUGGGUCGAGAACGGCCUAGUCGAGCGCGAAGCUCGUUUCAUGGCCACGGUCUCCGAGAAAGAGUCCAGUCGCAUCUAUCGAAAGGUAGACCUUCGUGUCAUUCCGAUGCUCACCGCGUUGUAUUUGAUCGCACAUCUUGAUAGAGCCAAUCUUGGAAAUGCAAAACUCGAAGGCCUCGAGAAGGAUCUCGGUAUGGUCGGCAACGACUAUAACAUCGCCGUGUCAGUCUUCUUCAUUCCCUACAUCCUUUUCGAGCUGCCGAGCAACAUGGUCCUCGCCCGGUUCAAGCGUCCAUCGCUCUAUCUGAGCAUACUCGUCACCGGAUGGGGCGUCUCCGUGCUUGGCUCGGGUUUCACAGACAGCUUCGCCGGCCUUUGCGUCUGCCGCUGUCUUGUUGGCGUCUUCGAGGCAGGUUUCCUCCCUGCGGCUUUCUGGUUGAUAUCCCAGUGGUACCCGCCCUACCGAGCACAGUCUCGGACAGGCAUUUUCUACUUCGCUGCCGCUACCUCUGGUGCAUUCUCGGGGCUCCUCGCUGCGGCCAUCGCUCAAAUGGACGGCCUCGCCGGCAAGGAGGGCUGGCGGUGGAUUUUCAUUAUCGAAGGAUGCCUCAGCGUCCUCCUUGGACUAGGAGCGUAUUUCCUCUUGCCUGAUACCCCAGCGCUGUCAACUAGCUGGCUCGCUCCCGAGGAGAUCCGCUACCUGGAGCUGGUCUUCCGCGCAACCAGGGGCAGGAACGCUGCCACUGGAACAGGACAGGAAAAGCCGAAGAAGAAGGUCAAUUGGAAGGCUCUGCGUGCCAUGUUGACGGACAAGAACCUCUAUCUGCAAAGUAUGAUUGCAGCUGGAUCAUCGCUUCCGAACAACGGUAUGAAAUACACGCUUCCGCAGAUCGUGAAGAACAUGGGCUAUACGUCAACCAAGGCUCAGCUUCUGUCGGUGCCACCGUUCAUGGCUGCUGGUCUGAUGACGAUUGUAUCGUCGUUCUGGGUCGACAAGCGGCGGUCCAAGAAGUUGCCACUCAUUCUACUCUGUCAGUGCAUGCUGUUAGUUGGUUUCUCGGUUCUCUUCGCACUCGCUCCUCAUAUCAAGGACCAUAUUGCCGUCUGCUAUACCUUCGUGGUCAUCGCGUGCAUGGGCAUAUAUCCAAUCGUACCAGCAGCGUCGACUUGGUGCAUCAAUAACCUCGCCGGCCCCGAAAAACGAGUGGCGAGCAUCGGUUUCUUCACCACACUUGCCAACCUCGGAGGCUUCCUCGGGAGCUGGGUCUUUCUCAAUACCGAAAGUCCGGCCUACCCGACCGGCUUCGGCACGUGCCUCUCGUUUGCCGCCGUCGGGAUCAUCUGCUCCCUCACCGUGGAGUGGACGUACAAGCGGCACAACAAGAAGUGGAGAGCUUUUCGCCAAUUGGAAGAGAUGGGCGACCGCAGUCCAUUGUUCAAGUACAUUCUGUAG